AUGGCCGCGCCCAUUUGUUCACACACUUUGAAAGUCGUCUGUUGUUGCCGUUCUCUGCCGAAUCCAGUCUUAAAUAUUUACAAAUUUAGUUUUUGCAAGUUGCGAACAAUAAGCCGUUAUUAUGCCAGCACUAGCAUUCGUAAUGUACGAGUGAGAUUUGCCCCAAGUCCAACAGGCCACCUUCAUCUAGGAGGUCUUCGUACUGCUCUGUACAACUUUCUGUAUGCCAGAUCAACAAAAGAUGGUCGGUUUAUCUUGAGAAUUGAAGAUACAGAUCAGACUCGAGCUGUUCCUGGGGCUGUAGACAAGCUGCAAGAGGCACUGAACUGGGCAGGAAUAAUACCAGAUGAAGGACCUGGUAUUGGAGGACAGUUUGGUCCUUAUAUUCAAGUUCUGGUUGUUUGCUCUGCUCGGAGGUUGGAGUUGUCCCGCAAAGAAGCCGCAAGAAGAGGAGAGCCAUCCAAAUAUGAUGGUCGUUGCCGAUCGCUGUCCAAAGCCCAGGUAGAUGAGUACCAGUCCCAGGGAAUACCAUUUGUGGUUAGACUUAAACUGGAACCAACUUUAGAUUCCUGGGAUGACAUGGUCAAGAGUGAGAUGUCACACAAUGUUCUAGACAGUGAAGGAGAUCCUGUCCUGAUGAAAUCAGAUGGAUAUCCGACCUACCAUUUUGCCAAUGUUGUUGAUGAUCACUUGAUGGAGGUGUCACAUGUCCUCAGAGGAUCGGUAGGUUCCAUUUUUUGUCCCCCUCUUCAAGAUGGAACUAAACUUUCGAAACGACAAGGUGAUAUACAUGUGGAGCAUUUUAUAGCAUCUGGUUACUUCCCACAAGCCGUGCUUAAUUACAUCACUUCUAUCGGUGGAGGUUUCAGCAAGAAGACACUGGACUUAUCGCUGGAGCAGAUGUGUAAGUCGUUUGAUGUAAGUAGGAUCAAAAGCAACCCAGCUCAGCUCAAUCCAUUGUUGCUGAGUGAAUCUAACAGACACAUUCUGCGGCAGAAGGCCGAAUCUCAAGACCAAGCUACUUUGACUGAACUGGCCAGACAAGUCAGGGAACUGGUUGUGAACAAGUUUAAUGAAAGAUUAGGGACAGGCACAUUGAGGGAACAAGUGAUCAGUGAUGAAAAUAUACUGAAAAUUCUCAGGUGGAGUCUUCAAGAUGAGAGAACAAGUGUUUUAUCUGACUUUGUCAAACCUGAACUAGAGUAUCUGUGGGUGACUCCGAGUCAGUCGAAUCUGUCAGAACUCGUUAAAAUGGACAACAAGGCAGAAUCAUUGCUGUCUAUGUUCCUGGAAUGGGUCACUGCGGAGGAGAACUUCACAGUUGAUCAUCUGGGAGCUGAGUUGAGAACAUUUGCCAAAAAACACGGAGCCAGGACCAGCAAGUUGUUCAUGUUUCUUAGGAUGGCUCUAACUGGACUUAAGGAGGGACCGCCUGUAGCAGAGAUGAUGUCAGUAAUUGGAAAAGACAGUGUGAUGCUGAGGCUGAAGACAUCGUUGGAAUGUGUUAGACAUGUGUAA